AUGGCAUCCACAUCUUUGCGUAUUUCUGACCUUCAAUUGGACCCCGCCCUCUGGUACAAGAUCCGCGUUCUGGUCUAUGAUCUCAACAACCCAAAGGACAAGGCUUGCGAAACGCGAAUGCUCCAGACGACUGACGUUCACCACAUCUCUGCGCCUUACUUCUCAACCGAGGAGGCGGAAAAGGUCAAACUCGCGCUCACAGAUGAGGGCGAAACCACUCUCGAGACCGCGCUGACUAGCGCUCUGUCAAACUUCUUCGAGAAACGAAAGGCCUCUGGCGACUUUCGCCCGUGUGGUCCGCAUGACAUGGUGCCCGUGUAUCUCUCCAUCUUUGAAAUCGGGAAGGAAGAUUUGAAAGAGGAAAACGGCCUGACGCACCCUAAUCACUACUCAGGGUUGCACAACAUCCUGGGCGAGAUUCUCGACCGGGACGCCUCAGAAAAGGCCAAAGACCGGAUCAAUCCACCUUUCCGUCGCCCAAACGCAGCCAUUCGAGACGCACAACCUGCGAUCCACGCGUGCAUUACUGGCUCGCCCACCUGCCAGAGUGACAUUCAGACCAUUCAAGAUAUUCACCCUCCGAGAGUCCGCGGCAAGCUCGCCAAAGCCAGCCUGGAGAAGAUGGUUCACCAAAUCCGAGUUGCUAGGCUGCUCAGACUUGGGAAUAGUCACUGGUGGCAGCACGGCGAACGCCGCAUUGUUUGCUGCGAAAAGUUGCCGUCUUUCGAGAUGAUAUCCGCCAUGGUACCCGAUUUCACCUCGAUUGCCGGAAAGUCGCCAGUGUCCGAUGGGAGCUGUUCACCGAGAUAGGUCAAGUACGAGUCGACAAAGCGAUCGAUCUUGAACACGGCUCCAUUACCAGCCGGAAUGCGUUCAUAUUGACCGUCUGCACCUCGAAUCAAGUGUG